AUGUUAAGGUUCAAUUGUCUUCCUGGGUUUAUUCUUGUGGGAAAUAGAUACGCCACUUGCAUAAAAACCAAAUGGGACACGCUACCUCCUGUCUGCGUCAACACGAGAUGCCCCCCGUUCGAGAAACCGGAACAUUCCAUCUUGGUUAAAAAAUACGACGGUGCUGUCGUAAUGGUUGUCUGUGAACCGGGCUACGAACAUAACGGUCCUGCGGAGAUCUACUGCAACGGGAAAUGCUGGAAUGAAACUGCACCUGUUUGCAGAAGUACAUUGUUAUUCGUUUAUAUGCAUACGAUUUGUCCUGUCGAUAGUUCAGACGAAUUUUGUACGACUAACAUGGUUCCAACGAGUUGCGAUUUCGAAAGCCCUGAUUUAUGCCGGUGGGAACAAGACCCUCUCCAUGAUUUCGACUGGAUCAGACACAAUUUCAAUACCCCAAGCUGGAAUAUCGGAACCGGACCUUCUCACGACCACACUCUUGGCGCGGGAAACAACGGCUAUUACAUGUACAUCGAGGCCACAGACAAAAUCGAAAAUAGCACAGCGAGACUGAUGUCGCCUCUUUACAGCGCCAACUUGACCGCAGAGGGAUGUUUUUCCUUCUGGUACCACAUGUACGGAACAACGAUCGGCACGUUGAACGUCUAUUUCAAAGCUGAAGGGGAGGCUGACCGAAAAUUGAUGUUCACGAAAAGUGGUAAUCAGGGUAACCAGUGGUGGCACGGUUUCUUUCAUCUGCCCAGGGAGAAUACCAGCUUCCAGUUAAUUAUGGAAGGAGUACGCGGGGCGGGGUAUAUCAGCGAUAUUGCCGUAGACGACGUAGCGAUUUUGCAGGGAACUGAAUGUAUGCCGGAUGGAGAUACCACGACAAUUAUUCUCCCGACUGGUGACGACGAUGACGGUACAGACUUCACCUCGGACUACUCGGAGAAUCCGACCGAGUCAAUUUUUAUACCGCCUAUAAUUCCAGACCGACUUCCCAUUCCGAUAAGUCCCAAAGACGACAUCGAUCCUUUCGUUUCCAGGCCUGCGAUUCCCUCGAAUACUCCCACUACCGGAGUCCCAUCGGAUUUUUACCCUAAACCCCCGAAAACUACGACAAAAAAAACACCGUUCGAAGUAAUCACCUCUGAACCUGGCCCGAAACGAACAACGGUGAGCAAUGUCGUUCCUACGGAUUCCGGAAGUGCAACGAUCACGCGAGAUUUCGACAAGCCAAUAAUCGAUACGAAUAAACAGACGGAAACGGAUGCCCACAAAUCAAGUCGUGAGCCUGUGAAAGUUACGCUACCGGGAGCGAUCGGAAUAGUGGUCGGAGCGAUAGUGGGUGUCGCGGUAAUGGGAGGGAUAGUUUACAGAGUUUUACAAAAGCGUCAGAAUUACAAAAACGGCGCUGGGAAAUCGGCCCUCUCGGAAGACAGUGACGUGAGAUUUCUUACCUCCGACGAGAUAUUGGAUUUCAACCUGGCGAAACCCGAAGACAUGGAAGUCAUGUAA